AAUAUGGACACUUAUAUUAAACGAGGGCAAAAGACCGGAGAUAAAGAACACAACGGUUCCGUUAACCCUUGUGUACGUAACAACGUGGCAGCAAAUAAUAUAAAGAUAAUAAUUAAAGCUAUUUAAUUUGUCAUAAUUCAAAGAAAGUCUUCAUUCUGCGAUCAGUUUUGUGAUAGAAACGAGAUAUAAUAGGUAUACGAAAUGGAAAAAGAGAAGAUUAAGACAUCGGAGUUUUUGAUCCAAAGUCUUGCGACUGCAGUUAUCUGUUUCCUAGCAUGUCAGACCGGUUUCGUGAUGGCUUGGCCAUCGUACACCGUGGCCAACUUUAUGUCCAACGAAACAGUACUAUCACGGCCAAUGUCGUCUAUAGACAUCUCUUUGUUGGGCAGUUUGCCAAACAUUGGCGGAUUGUUGGCCAGUCCCUUCUGUGGCUACGCAUUUAAUACGUUCGGGAGGAAAUAUGCUACCAUGUUUUUUGGAUUACCUUAUGUGUUUUGUUGGGUUAUAGUCACUUUGACAACGGACGUGACUUUGGUGCUCGUGGCGAUGGCGAUAGGUGGCGUGGGCAUCGCUGGGCAAAACGUGUCUCUCAUCUACAUAUCCGAGAUAGCCCACGACUCGAUCAGAGGAGGGCUGACUGCUUGUUCCGCGUCGGGAUUCUUUCUAGGCAUCCUGAUCUCAUAUACGUUGGGUGGUUACUUGACGUAUAUGCAGGUGGUCUACACUCACCUGACGUUGGCGGUGCUUUGUAUCCUGCUCAUCAUGUUGCUUCCUGAAUCUCCUGUCUUCCUGGUACUUGUUGGGAAGGAGAAAGAAGCAGCAAAAUCAAUAUCGUUUUAUAGAAGAGUCAGCGUCACAUCAAAGGCUGUGGAAGCUGAGAUAUCGAAAAUAAAACUGCAACUGGAUCCAAGACUGGAAAAACUAUUAGAAGCAGAAAAUGAAGUAGAAAUGAAUGACAUGCUUAUGGAGAAGAAGUUAGAAAUAGAAGCAGCACCACAGAGCGAGUCAGCCUGGUCACAUUUCAAAAAAUCAAAAUCUUCAAAGAGAGCUCUUGUGACAGUCCUCAUUAUAAUGGGAGCCACCAUCCUCAUGGGAUGUGUAGUGCUGCAAGUCUAUGCCGAGCCACUGUUCAAGGAGGCUGUACCUUCGAUGCCGUCCAACCAGUGCGCGAUAUUCCUGGCUAUAGACUUCUUAAUAGCCAGUUUAUUGUGCGUAGUCUUAAUUGAUAAGUUUGGGAGGAAGUUCCUGUUAAUAGUGACGUCAUCGGCGUCGGGAGUGUGCACGGUGUUGCUUGGUGCCCAGCUGCAGUACCACUGGGCGCCGGCCUGGUUCACCGUGCUUCUCAUAUACCUGUUCAGUUUCGUGUACACAGUGGGCUGUGCUGUGAUACCCUUCGUCUUAGCUUCGGAAGUUUUCCUGCCUGAGGUACGAAGUUUCUGCAACAGCAUCGUGAUGGGCUGCACAUGGCUUUACACAUUCAUCACUCUAAUAAUUUUCAACCCUCUGGUCGAGGCAGUGGGUCUUGGACCAGUAUUCUACUUCUUUUCUGUAGUUUGCUUCUUAGGGGCAAUUUACAGCCAUUACUGUGUCCCAGAGACAAAGGGACUGUCAGCUGAUGAAAUCCAAGGUCUCUUCUUGAAGAACAGAAGACAGAGUAUUUAUAAAUAGAAGAUGAUCAAGCAUCUUAAAAGAAUGUUGUUGAAUCCGUGGAUGACGACUAUUCUUAAUCAUUUUGUAAUGGUUAAUGAUUGUAGAUAUGUCGUCUAUCUGAGGUUGUUAAGUUAUUUCAUGGAAGUGAAAUGAAGUGAUUCAUUUUGUAAUCUUAUUUAAUAAUUAUGUUA